AUGGAGGGAGUUCCUCUUUCAUACUCUGGGCUCACACUGCCCUCUAGAGGCAGAAAUGAGAAACUACAGAGUCAGAGAAGUUCAGAAAGGUUUACCCAGCAUUCAGACGGGACGUUGAUAAUCGGCCCUCUGAGGUCCGAUGACUCGGGCGUCUUCACCUGCACGGCGUCCAGCCAGCAGCAGCUGGAGCAGAGACAGCUGCAGCUCAAAGUGCAAGCCGACCUGAAGAUCACCACCGCUCCAAAUAGCAUCCAGGUGUCUGAAGGCAGCACAGCUCUGCUGCCCUGCGUGGUGUCAGGAGACAACGUCAACAUCGGCUGGUCCAGAAACGGCGUCCCGGUGCGUCCGGACGGUCGUAAAAUCCUGACGUCGUCUGACGGCAGCCUGAUCCUGAACAACGUGAAGCCUUCAGACGAGGGGACGUACACGUGUAACGCUUACACCGGCAUCUACUCUGUGAGCGCCACGGCCGAAGUCAGAGUCACUAAAGACACACAAGGCGGUGAUGUUCCUCCAGAGUGCGUCGACCAGCCCGAGCUCGCCAACUGUGAGCUGAUCGUUUACGCCCGGCUCUGCUCCAACUCGUACUACUCCAGUUUCUGCUGCGCCAGCUGCACCCGGCACUCACAGAGGAACAAAAGGUUCGGCCGACUCGGAUAAAGCUGACGACGUUGUUGUUGUUGUUGUUUUGAAAGACUCUGGAGGUGAAGCCGUUUGGAGGACUGCAUUCUUAAAAAAAACAAAAACACUUUGAACUCUGAACUACUGCGAUCGCCAAAAAGACUGGAGACCCCGGACAUCUGACCCGUUUGUGCAGAAUCAGGAUUCAUAAAGGAAUGACAAAGGGACCGAUGACUGUAGAUGAAUCUGUGAAGCAGGAGUCUGUUUGUACACUGAAUAUAAAAACAUAGAACCUGACCUGCUGUCAACACCAGCUGACUGUGAUGAAACCUCCGAGACGUCCUGAACAUAACUUAUUAACCUGCUGACCCUGUUCUCUGUUCUCAAGAGAAUCAUCUCUCCCUCUCUCUCUCUCUCUCUCUGUCUCUCUCUCU